AUGGCUCCCAUGAGAGUACGCCUGCUGAUCCCCAUCAUCACUAUUGCUGCUGCUACUUUUUUCUUUUGGCGGGUUGAUCAGAGUGAGUAUGCCGCGCUCACCAAAAUUGAACGUCCAAGACCUUCACUGGCUCCUCCACAAAUAUACCACUCGCAAAUCGACCCCCUGCAGAAAACCCCCGAUGAAAUUUGCCACAACGACAAGGCCACUGCUCCAGCUAUGACGAUGGGAGAAUGGCUCACCCGCAAGAACUAUAGCCGCACGUACAUCCGCCCCAGCUUCCAAUCUGCAGAAACAGCUUUCGGGCCUAUAGAAAGAAUUGAGGGUUACGUCCUGCCUCCACUUCGGCCCGUCAACCGCGGUUUAAAGGUAUCCAAUUCAAGUGGACACUGGCCUUGUUCGCCCAUCCUCGACGUUAACGUUGUUGCUGAUAUUCCUGCCGACCACACUUCUCAAUUGCUAUUUGGGCUUGCAACAACUGUUGAACGACUCGAUGAACUUCUGCCAUCUUUACUGUAUUCAUACGGAAAUACCGGUGCAACUAUCCUUGUGCUCGUUCCUGACAAUAGAGACGACCUAGAAGCCCAGGAGGCUUAUUUUCGAAACCGAGGCCUUGAUGUCAGACUCAGACCUUCUCCCUUGCCAUUUCCCUCUCGUUAUUUUGGCUUGGUGGAAGCGUUCCAAAAGUUCAUUGAUGAAGAACGCCCAUAUACAAGAUGGGUUAGCUUUGUAGACGACGAUACCUUCUUUCUUUCUGUGGCCAGAAUCGCAAGUCGCCUAGCGACACUAGAUGCCUCGGAGAAACAUUACAUCGGCGCAUUAUCGGAGGCUAGUUGGCAAGUCAGAACCUUUGGAGAAAUGGCUUUUGGUGGAGCAGGCAUAUUUAUUUCAAGAGGGUUGCUAGAUGCUCUACAGCCAGUGUACAAAAGGUGUCUAGGCACCCGUUAUAAGCACGGAGACCAGAAACUGUCACAGUGUAUCAAAACAUACGCAAAAACAAGAUUAACCGCUUGGGAUUCUCUAUUUCAAAUGGACAUGAGGGGAGCUCCCGAUGGAAUUUUUGAAUCCGGACGAGAGAUUGACUCAUUACAUCACUGGAACACAUGGUACAAGAAAGAUGUCGCUAAGAUGAGCUCUGUGGCAGUGGUGGCAGGGCGUCGAUCUGUGCUCCGUCGCUGGCUCUUCAACGAGACAGUGGCAUUGGACCAUACAGGAGUCGAAAAACGCACCUUCUGGGUACUAACCAAUGGUUAUUCCCUUAUUCGAUAUACUAUGGACCCCAGCUUGACGGUAGAGAGUGUUGGAUUUGACCGUACCGAGAAGACAUGGAACGAGGAUGGAAAGGGAUUUGAAGCCAGACUAGGUCCGCUGAGGCCGACCGUACAAGAUGGCAUCCAAAAGGAUCGAUGGAUGCUCUCUGACUCGGUUAUUAUCGGCAACAAUGUUCAUCAAACAUAUUCCUUCCGAGAAACGGACGGACACAGUGUCAUUGAGCUCGUCUGGCUUGGAGACAAGGGUUGGGUUGAGCCGGCUGACGCGUACCAUUUCUAA